UAAUGCACAGACUGCACAGAAAGAGACAGUUACUCUGUCUGUCUCCAUCUGUGCCAGGCGGGGAGGCAACAUCCCCGGACCAUCUCGCUCUCUCUCUCCACUCUUCAUUUACUCAGCGUCUCGAACACCGUCUGCGCCGCAGCAAACCGCAGAAGAAAAACUGGAAUUAAGAGAGAGAGAGAAAAAGUUCCCAGGGAUCGUGUUUAUUUAUUUUGGAAAAAUAAUUUGUCCGGUGCAUUCUUUGUGUGUUGGAGCCGUGGAUUUCCACUGACAAUGAACCCGUUUUCAUCUGCAAAUCCUUGAGCUGGAUUGAAAGUCGGGGUUUUCCCACCGAAGCUCGCAAGUUAAAGGCCAUUUUUUUAGAAGAAGAAAUAAGAACAUUUUUGGAUUUUCCCUCCAGCAACGGAUUGGGAAACUAUUAUUUAGAUUGUAUCUUUGUUUGUGCGCUUAUUGCAACCUUUGACUUUCAAGAUCUUGAUUUAUCUCGCUUUCGGAUUUUCCUCUCUUUCUCUCUGUGUGUUUGGGGUUGUGCGGCUCGUUCGCCCGUGUGAAGAUGGUGUGGAUUUGGUUCAUUCUGCCUUUCCUGGGGGUCCUUGCCUUGACCGUUCAUGGGGACCAGAGACCCAGGAUUUGCUCGGACAUGAGAUAUCUCUACAGCUCCAAGGGGUUCACAAUGACCGGGGUGCCUUCAACCGAGAUCUCCGGAGAACACCUGCGGAUCUGCCCUCAGGGUUAUACCUGCUGCACCAGUGAAAUGGAGGAAAACCUGGCCAAGAAGAGUCGCAGUGAUUUCGAGGACCUGGUGAGAAAUGCCAGCCGGACAGUGCAGGCUAUGCUCAAGGGACAACACGACAGCUUCGACAACUAUUUCCAAGAAUUGCUGGACCAAUCGGAAAAGAACCUCCACCGGAAGUUCACGCACAUGUAUGGACUGCAUUACUAUGACAACAGCAAGAUCUUCAAGGACCUGUUCAACGAGCUGCGUCGCUACUACAAGGGAGCCAACAUCAACCUGGAGGAGGUGUUGAAUGAGUUCUGGUCGAGGCUGAUGGAGCGUCAGUUCAAGCACCAGAACCCACACUACCAAAUCAGUGACGACUACCUGGAGUGUAUGGUAAAGCACGCGGAGCCACUGAGGCCCUUUGGUGAGGUGCCGCGCUUCUUCAAGAUACGGCUAACCCGCGUCUUCAUUGCAGCUCGUUCCUUCGUUCGGGGUCUCAGCAUCGGCACAGAUGUGGUGCGGAAGGUCUCUCAGGUGCCUCCAAGCCCUGAGUGUGUGCGGGCCAUGAUGAGGCUGAUAUAUUGUCCUCACUGCCGGAGCAUGGGGAGUGUGAAACCCUGCAACAAUUACUGCCUCAACAUCCUGAAAGGAUGCUUGGCCAAUCAAGCCGACCUGGACAGUGAAUGGAGAAAUCUAGUCGACUCUAUGCUUCAGGUGGCCGACAAGUUUAAUGGUCCGUCAAACAUGGAAUCGCUGGUUGAUACAAUUUAUUUGAAGAUCUCCGAAGCAAUACAAACCAUGCAAGAUAACAGGGCUCACAUUUCCUCAAAGGUUCUGCAGGGAUGUGGUAACCUCAAAUCUGUGGCCAAACGUUCAGUGGAGGAUGAUUCAAGGAAACGUGGGAAGCCGUAUGGGGUUGAGGAGAGGCCGGUCGGUUCAGUCACUCCACCCAUGGACAGAUUGGUCACCGAAGUCAAGAUGAAGUUGCGAGACGUCAGAGAGCUGUGGGUCAACUUGCCAAGUGUCCUGUGCAACGAGAAGGUGACUGCAGGGUCAGCUAACGAGGACAGGUGCUGGAACGGACAGAACAGAGGGAGGUACCUCCCAGAGGUCAUGGCAGACGGAUUGGCCAGUCAGAUAAAUAAUCCAGAGGUCGAGGUGGACAUCACAAAACCGGACAUGACCAUUCGGCAGCAGAUCAUGCAGUUACGAAUAAUGACCAAUCGGCUGCGGAAUGCAUACAAUGGCAAUGAUGUGGAUUUCCAGGACACCAGUGACGACAGCAGUGGAUCUGGAAGCGGCGACGCCUGUUCGGAGAAUGGCUGCGGUCGGAGAAGGUCCUUCAACGUGGCGACAAGGUCUCCCGUUGUCUAUGCCAUCCCGGAACAGAGCGAGAAAGCCAAAGCCGGAAACGGGAGUGAGGCACUGCGACACUCAGCCGGCUUCUUCCACUUGUUAUCAUUGGCCAUCGCCCUGCUAUAUUUCUGUCGGUAGAAUCUUUCACAGGGCUUGAGAGAGGGUGAGAGAGAGAGAGAAAGAGAGAGGGGGGGAGAGAGAGAGAGACUGAGGCAAGAUCUUUGCCAAAUGGACAAGAGUUUUGUUUAACUUUGCAACAUAAAAAAAAAUCUUUUGGCUAUUUGUAAAUUCUGGCAGUGCUGGCGGUGAAUACACUUUUGAAUCUUUGAAAGGCUUGGGGAGGGGAGUUUGCUCUGAGCGGUUUGAGAAGGGUCUUGUACUCUUCAAGCCUGAUUUUUUUUCCAGCUUGGGACAUCCAGUUGCUCUGAUCACCUGUCGACAGUGCAGCACACGUACACACACAGGCUCCCUCUGAGGGGGGAGCAAGUGUUUUCCAAGCGUCGAGAGACGAGAAAUAAAAAUAUCCUAAUUAUGACACAGAACUUCUUGACUUGAAAAUAAACAUCCCAACAAAGUAUUAUCAGAUACAUUGACUGUAUGAACAGCCACCGAGGAUGUCAUUUUGGGUAUUAACCCUAUAGUUGCAAAUAAAUCACAUCAUUAUAGAUAACCAAGAGCUCUCUCCUUGGAUUUCCUUUCCCAAUAACAAGGCCAUCCAUUUCUUUUUAGCUGAUAGUAUGUGGAGCAUUGGUAUAAACGUUUGUGAGAUAUGAAAGCAAAAUGGUUGUUGACGAUUCCCAAAGGGUCAGGAAUAAUUGAUACUACUUUGUGUAGUUUUAACACUGUCAAGUUGGGAGAGAAUGCAUAAUUAAGGAGGGGAGGGGUGGGGGGGGGUGGUUAGUGGCUGGGAGUUUGGGAGGUUAUGUUCUCUGGGAGUCAAGCAUUUGUCUUUUGCAGGAACCCACACAUGCAAAUUGUUUACACUGGGCUUUCUUUCGAUGGGUUAUCAGAAAGAUCGAAUAGGCAGAGAAGAUGUUUUUUUAAUAAAUAAGUAAGGAUAUAAGCACACACUUGCAAAAGGCCCAACUUCAAGUUGACAUGGAGGCAGCUAUUCAAACAUUAGACAUUGCCCAGGAGAAUAAGUAAAACAAGUUCCUGUACUUGCUGUUUUCUGAAUCUUCAGCUUUGUGAAAGAAUGUGGCCAAUAAGUGGGUGUGGGCUUUGUGUGGGGUGGUUACGGUGGCAAAAUCGAAUGGUUCUUAGAAUUGAUCCUGCCAUUGUGCAUUAUGUGGUAGAAGUGUUGUAGCAAUGUUGUGUUUUAAAAUAUGGGUGUCACUUUGAACCCAAAAGACAGUGGCCAGCAGGUAAAAGCCCUGUGACCUGAGCUGGAAUGGUGGGAAAUGUUGGGCCAGAAUUGCCACAAUUGCAAAAAAUAAAGAAAGGAAAAAAACCAACCGAAUUGAACAUAAUCAGAAUAUCUCGGUGAGUGGCAGGGGAGUUGUAAGAAGGUGCCUGUGAUCCAGAUGUCGAAAAACUAGCCGGCUUCCUAUUCAUGCUAGGAAUUAACUUAGUCCUCAAUGUUGUUUUUAGGCUUGACUGCUUUUCUGGGGGAGAAAAAUAAAGUACAAAAUCACACACCGUAAAUUAAAUUGUAAGAUGACACAAAAAUGCAUGCUAUCUUCCAACUUAUUUAUAUAUAUCCAACGAAUAUUAUUUUAGGUUUUCAGAUUUCUGCUUAAUUUAAUAAUUUCCUACCCUUGUCCUCUAUUAAACAAAAAGUAAACGUUUAUAAAAUUCCUUUUUUUUUUAAAUUUGAAACAUUGUAAGGUGUUUCCUAUGGAAGUGAUUGAAUGUGCCAGCAGUAACCCAAGUUACACCUUCAACCCCUGUGUGCAGUUUGCUUUGUUUCACCGAUCAUAACCAGAAGGUGAAUGCAUAUUAACUCCCAUUAAACAAACUUUGGUUCGGGAUAAAAAAUAAUCGUUGGCUGUGUUGAGCUGAUUAAUGCAGAAAAUCCCAAAACAUUUUUUCUGCAAUUAUUCUUCGUAGCACGACGACACAGCAGAAAGCACCAGAAGGAGCCUCAAAGGUGUAAGAGGGUAAAGCAAAGUCAAAUAUGUUAGCGGCUUAAAAUAGAGGCUGUCUGUCAGGACUCUUGACAGAUUUACAAAGAUUCCUGUUUCCAAACACUGCAGGAACCAUACAACUCUCCUCAGUGCAUUUAAUUUAUCAAGACCUUGUUUAUUGGUUUAUUAUCCUUCGGAAUAACCUUGCAGUUAAGGAUUUAAAUCCCCAUCCUUUUAAGACUGUUAUAACGCGGUUCCUGUUUUUAUAUCAGUUCCUAUUUUACUUACUUACUGCCAUUAUUCCAGCGGGUGAUUGUAAUUCUUUCAAAAGUAUAUAUUUUAAUAAAUUUUUGCACUGUCUUAACUUUCGGUUAUAAAAUAAAAUGUGAUUAGAACCCAAGCUGGUUUUAAUUUUGAGGACCUAGAAAAUUUAAAGUGACCGUCUUCUUGGUGCACAUAUCUAUCUUUCCACCUCCUGCUCCUCCAUGUUUCUCUGUGGUUUCUCACUGGAACAAAGCUUCUGUUAUUUGUCGUUAUGUUUAACUCUACUGUGUAAAACUUCCUGGGAAAUACAUUGUUGUUAAUAUAUAAUCUCCACUCUCUCCCAUGCUGCCACCUCUUUGUGCUCCGUCUUUUACUUUUCCCUCUCACUCCCCAAAUCUUUUUCACAUGUCCUCCUUCUUUGUCCCCCUCUUGCACGCAUUCUCUCUGAAUUGUUCCCUUGUUCCUGUGCUCUCUCUCACUCGCUCACCCUUCUACAGUAAAGGGUUAGCUGCUACCAUGAAACAAGAGACGCGACUCACAUGCGAUUAAAUCUUUUCAAUAUAUUUGAAUGAAUGGUUUAGGAUUUUUUAUAAUACUGCAGGUGUAAAUUUUUGUAAAAUCUAUUAAGUUAAAAAAAAGGAUCUUUUGAUGACAACAGUGGGGAGUUUGUGAAUGAGGAGAAAGAUCUCAUGUGAUGGAAGAGAAACAUCUUUUUUGACCAUUUUGACUGCUAUAAACUGGUAGUUAAGAUGCAGCAUGGAGGAAAGGAAACACAUUGCUUUCUGAGCUGCAAAUCCAGAUCCAAUCAAAUAGUCUGGCAAUAAAGAGCCUACCUUAAUACUUUCCGAGCUUUAUCCCUCAUUAUGGAACUGUAGUUCGAGCCUGGCUUCAAGGGUAGACAGAGAAAGAUACGCAGAAGGAGAUAUUUGCCUGUUCUGUUUUCCCACAUAAAAGGAAUUUAUUGAUAUGGGGGAAGGUAUCGGCAAUCGUUUUUGUGGACAUACUAUAGCAACAGCAAGUAUGUACUUCUUAAAAAUAUGAGACAUAAAAUGUCCUGCUUCCUAACCCUUCUCCCUUUAAGUUGCAAUAACUCUCUCUGGUUUUGUACCAAUAACAGCUCAGGGUUUAUGCAGUUGCAACACAAGACAUAAUGAGACUGGCCUUGAAAGGUCCAUCUUCUUGUGAUGCGAUGCAUAAUUGUUGGCCAUUUGUGGAUAUCAGUGGAGAAUCCUUAUGGGAGAAGGUAGUUAGUUAUAAGGCGUCCUUUGCACUACCAAAGGAAACAUAAGCGUUGUGACAGUUUGAUCUUUAUAAAAAGGCAGCGUCUGACCUAAUGGGGCAUUUCAACUGAAAAUUGCAUUUCUCUUUCGAUAAUUGAUUCUGGGAAGCAGUGUGGAUUUUUAGUUGUUUCCAUGGAUGAAAUGUGGCGGGGGAAGUUUCUUCCGACUAGGGCCUGGACUCUUUAAUGUACUAAUGAGGCCCUUUCUGUUGCUUUGUUGCGUCUGGGGUCAAUGACUAUCACACAUUAGAGGGCUUACUAGAGUUUGUGUGAAGCCAACCCUUGAGAUUUUCCACUUAUGUAUUAAAGGUGGAGAAAAUGCUAAGGAUUGUGAUCAGGUUUGUCUUAACAAGAUCUACAUGUAGGUGGGAUCAAAUUUUACCCAGCUGCUUACAUUGUCUCUCACCUCUCUCUGUGCCGUCUACUUGUCCAGAAACAUCCAUCCCACUCUUGCAGCUUGUUUCUCCAACCUACCAAAAGGUUGGGCACAACUUUGUUAUUUAUAGAGAGUGGAGAGCCUACUAUACACUGAACUCACCAUGUCGACAAUCUUUGGCGUAAAUAGCACAAGCCUGCCCAUUACAGACUUACUCACCUUAUCGUCUUGAUGGUGGUAAAAGCUUCUUCCCACCAGUUGAAACACCUCAAAUCUUUCUUGUCUUUUUUAAAAAUCAAAAGGAAUGUAUUAAAUGUCAAUAUGGUAGUCUCUUUUUCAUUUUACUGUUAAUUGUUUGAUUGGGGAUUUUAUUGUUAAUAACCUCCAAGACUAUGAUUCUUCAGAAAUCAGUGUUGUUGAGUCUUUCUUUAUUCUGUUGCCUGAAGAAAAUUAACAGAAAGAAAGGGACAUAGUCACCUGUUUACUACAUGUUUGGUUUCAAAGCUUUUGAGAAAAUAAAAAGAACAUUUUGAGUCU